AUGGAUCCAAAUACCUCGCGCAGUCCCAAAAGGGCCAGCGCAGCCCCUUACCAGUUAAGAAAAAGGACCAAGACAGUACAGUACGCCGAUAACCGCCCAAGGCGGGAAUCCAGGAAGAAGCUCGUGCCUGGCGGAAAACAAGGAACAGAGCAGAGGGCCUGGGAGCAUGAAGAGAUUUGCCAACUUUUGGCCUAUUUUCACUGGAGCUUCAGCAAUGGUGUUGAUUUCUGGAGUGUCACGUUUCCAAAAUUUCAGGACGCUGUCCAACCAACAACGAUCACAAACGAUCAGGUUGAGAAGCAGCUGAAGUAUCUAUCAAGACGAUAUGGCCAGAUGGAAGGCGACAAUGACCACGAGAACUUGCUCGAAUUUGGCCUCGACUCGCUGAACCUACCAGAGAAGAUAUCCAAGGAUGUUGACCAGUUCUUCAACAGUAUACCAUCCGACAUAAACGGUGACCGGUCUGAAGCUGGCAGCGCACUUGCAAAAUGGUGCCUCAAGAGGCUCCUGGUGAGUUUUAUGGUCUCCCCGGAGAAAUUGAAGGCCAUAUUGCCAGAUGAAGACAAAGACCAAACCGCGAACCAGGCUGAUGAGGGCUCUUCCGUUGAACCCAGCCAACCCGCCGAGCUGCAACAUUCGCCUCACAGUUCAUCGCGUCUCAGCCUGGUAGACAAAAAUGCCGACAGCCCGUCCCCCAUUGGGGCUGAAACAGCUGUCGAGCAACGUUUCACCAAUUACCCAUCGCCCGAGGGAAGAGAAAUCUGGGAGAUUGAAACCCUGCUCCUUGCGUCAGAGAUCGAAAAAGAUCGACUCAAGAGAGAGCUAGAUGCUGUGGUGAAGCACAAACCUGACGCCCGCGUGCAACAUAUCCUCGAGCACACGCUGGACAUUGCGGAAGCCAGGGCCAGCCGCAGUAGGCUUUUCAACGUAGAUAUUCCAGGUAUGAACGGGAAAAGGAUUUCCAGAAUGUGCAUGACGGUGGUUCGGGAAAUGCAAAACACAUGUUUCGGACUAUGCCGGGAAUAUCCAGAAGCACCGGAGGAACAAACUAUGCACAGCGAUCUCGUCGAGUCUUGGGCGCUAAAGGUCUUUGGACAAGAGAUCAAAGAUUGUAUUCCUCGACUUAAAAAUUCCAGGAACUUCAAAGUGGAGUUUCUCCUAGGACUAUUCGCUUCAGCAGUCAUUGAAAUGGUAUUCGAGCCAGCCUUCCCAGCAUUCAUUCACCCGCCAAACCCCAUUGCAGAAGCCUACCGGCAAAUUAUUAUGGACAUUGGUGGAAUCAAUGGACUUCAUCAAGCAGACUGCAUGGUACUCCCGCAAGUAACAGGCAAUAGGAGGGCUGAAAUUAUCCAAAGAAAGGUCAAAGAACUGGAACGUAUACUCUACAAGCACUUGGAAUUUUCCUGGGCACCUCCAGGGAUCAGAAGAGAUGACCUCGAUCAAGUGCCCCCGGGAAAACUUAAAUUCGGUUCUUUUCUCACACCAGCCUUGGAGUUCAAGCUGGAUCUGAUAACAACCGCCACACGGCUCAAGUUCUUCUACUAUAAGUCAGAUGAGCCCUUUGACGAAGAGUAUAUGGAGCGUUGCCCAUUCUCAGAUCGUGAGAAAAACACCAUCAAAGGAUGCUUGUUCCCUCUUCUCUUGUGGCCCGAGGCUCGACAGGAAACGGCAACUUCGAGUGACUACGUCCUUGAACACAAUACCACAUACAGCCUGUACUUCACGCAAGUAACAGAGGGGAACCAUCGUGGUCUGGCGGUGGCGGCAAAGGCAAUCGUGCUGACGUAG